UAAAGAUUGUGUUGUUUGAUUUCACGAUUUUUAAAUAAACCUAGUUAUUGCAAUCCUAACUAUAGUGGUUAAUUAAUUUGUUACUAAUGGUGAAUUAGAAGAUGGUGAAAAUUGCCCUGCAAUUCAAGUGUAAUUUGGAGAAUGUCACAGAUCUUCAAGCUGAGGGGGAAGAUUUUAGAUGGUACUUGAAGGUAAAGUGCCUUAACUGUGGAGAGGAAAAUCCUUCAUGGAUCUAUGUAACACUUGAGGAUAGCCAACCAGUCAAAGGGGGCAGAGGAAAUGCAAACUUUGUUACACACUGUAAACUUUGUGGAAGACAGAAUUCCUUGGAUAUCUUGAAAGAUUCCAUUUGUUUAUACAAAAUCCAAGACAACAACAGAUUCAAAACCCUUGUUUCAUUUGAUUGUCGAGGACUGGAACCAAUUGAUUUUUCACCGAGAGUAAGCUUACCUAGCUGACUGUAACUACCACAGUAACUUGGGAAAUGUAAGUACUUGAGUAAUUACCACAAUGUCAUUGUUUUUCAGGUUGGUUUUGCAGCGAAGGGAGUAGAGAGUGAAACAAAGUUUCAAGAUAUUAAUUUAACAGAAAAGGAAUGGGCUGAUUACGACGAAAGCGCACAAGAAGCUGUUGGAAUUUACGAAGUUACCCAUCAGUUUAUCAAAUUGUAAUUUAUCUUUAAUGGCAUAUAGAUAUACGCAUGUAGAAUAAUUAACUUAUAUUUAAUAUGUAAGACUGUUUUACCGUAAAUUCUUAAAACAAUGAAAUCGCGAAUGGUCA